AUGCAAAAGAUGUAUGGCAUCCCAAAGAUGUGCAAUGGUCGCAUUGAUGCUGUGUGGAUAUGGGUGAAUGGCAGUGACCUGAAAUGGCGUUCCAAUUUGAAUCGAUAUGCUGAUAAAAUCGACUUCAACAGAUAUCGCGACUCGAGAGUCUUGAAAUACUCGAUGAGAAGUGUCUCAAAGUACUUGCCAUACAUCAAAAACCACUUUCUAGUCACCGCAGACCAAGUCCCCGACUUCAUUGAGUCGCCCGGUAAUUUGACGCAUUUCAGGAUUGUUAAAAGUGGGAUGACACUUGAGGUGAUACCACACAAAGACCUCAUUGAUAAAGCAAUUUUGCCAACAUUCAAUUCAGAAGCAAUCGAAUCGUAUUUGUUCAAAAUCCCAAACUUGUCCGAGUGCUUUGUCUUUCUUGGAGACGACUUUUUCUUCUAUCGACCAACACCACCAGACUUCUAUGUCAAAGGAGACAAGCUUGUGAUACACACAGAAAGAAUACUACCAGCCAAUAAAAACCCUUACAAAAACACACCAAGAAUUCAAUUAUGCAUUUCCAAUUUGAUUUGUUAUUGGAUUACAUGGCUCGGAGCAGUCUUCUUCUUCAACCAUCUCUUCGCCUAA